AUCAAAUGUCAGAAAGUCAACAGUCAACUCAUCUCAAAAUAAACAGAAAGGAACAAAAUACAAGUUAUAUUUAACAUUUAAGUAGACCAAAACUAGUGAAUUUGUCCAAAUAUAAUUAAAAAAAAAAAAACAAAUAUUAAAAUAUUUGCGUAAUGAGUCAUCAAACACCGUAUAUUAACUCGUCACGCUUUUCAAAACCACCACCAAAUUUUAACAAAAAAAGCUCCUCAAAAUGGAAUAACUUCAAAGUCCCGACAUCACCCAUAGCGAAUAGUAACAGUAAAAAGACUAAUCCUCCCAACAAUACUUCUAGAAAUUAUCCAACUAACUCAGGAUCAACAUCCAGAAAUUAUGAUGUUACACAUUCAGUCAAUCAUUCUUCAAGUUCACCAGCACAUACGAGAAAUUACUCUAAUUUACAAAAUUAUCAGAGUGGUUCACAAAAUGUGCAGUCCCAUCUUGGUGGUUCACAAAAUGUACAGUCUCAACAAAAUGGUUCAAAAAAUUAUACAAAUAGCUUGCCAUCGGCUGGAAGAAACUAUCAGACUACACCACCACCAAAUAUUGUUAGAAAUUACCAAAAUGAACCACCACAAAAUUAUAAGAUUCAGAGUACAAAUGUAUCACCAGAGAGGAGUUAUAAAGAUUUAGUUUUGAAUCCUAUGCCAGCUCAACAAUUUAAGCCGAAUGUCCCUCCACCGAAAAUACAAAAAUCUAUUCAAAGUUCUCAUUAUAAAACGAAUUUGAAAACAAAUCCAGCUGCUUUACAAGCACAAAUGCUAUCUGCAACCACUUUGGAGGAGGCUAAGGCCAACUAUUAUAGGCAAAUGUUGUACAGGUAUCGCCAAGUAGCUGAUUAUUCCAAAUCUCUAUUAGCUUAUUCCCCAGCUUCCAUACAGCCUCCUCCUCCACCGAAUUACCCUCCUCCCCAGCAACCACCUUUACCUCCCGACGCGCCACCUCCAAAUCCUCCCCCUCCCCCUUCAUUGGCGUCGCAAAGCAGUUCUACAGAAUCUAUAAUGUCAAUGCACAACAACUAUCGUAACCGUCCGCCAUCUUUGUCGGGGUCGUCAACUUCGUCAGAGCCAUCAUCGUCAUCUAUGUCCUCCAAUCACAACUAUCAAAUGCAAAACCAACAUCCUAUGGGCAACUAUCAUUCAAGGAUGCCUCCUCAUCAGUUUAAUGUUCAUAACUCCCAUUUCAACAAACCGAUGAUGCAGUAUAAUUUGAAGAGGAAGCAUGAAGAAAAUGUCGAACAGAAAAAAUUUUAUAAGAAAAAGAAGAGGCCUUUGUCGAAGGUGGGACCUCUAAAAAUUAGUUGGACCACGGAGGAAGCCCAGGCGGCCUUGGACGUAGAAAUGGAAUGCAACAAAAGGUCGCGACGACAAGGAUUGAUUAUCAAAUUUCCAGAUCAGGAGUUGAAUAGGGACAUCGUGACUAAUUUUCAUACCAGUAUCGAGACUGUGCAUUUUCAGCAACCUUCGACGCCAAGAUAUUGCUUUGUGUCGUUAGUGGAUUCUGCCGAUCCGGAAACGGUCAUCAGACACAUAAAUCAAAUCCCUUUUGGCCUCGGCUACCUGACCGCCGAGCACAAGAAUGACAAACAGGAUGAAAAAACUAUCCGGCCUUGUGAUAUCGAUCCGUUAACGUUAUACGUCGGGAAUCUAGCUCAAGAUAUAACCAAGGACGAUAUUAUUAAAACGUAUCCCAAACAGAAACGCAUAGACAUCGGAUACGCUAGGAAGAUGAAAUAUACGAGAUACGCGUUCGUCUCGUUUUACACCGUCGACGAUGCUAUCGAAGCUUUCAAGAAAACCUAUUCGUCGCAGUUGCAUUCCAAGAGUCUUAUUGUUAGAUUCAGACGGUUACACGGCACAGUAGGUCUGCCUGGAGAGACCAGGGUGCAACUCCCCGCACGCACCCCAUUAGAAAACGGCACCAAUAAUAAUAUCAACUCGUGGGACAUUGACGUGUCCCAUUGGGAUAAUGAAGACGUCCAAACGCCAGAGCCUCGUCCUUUGACCGAAGAUGAAGACGAGGAAGAGGAGACGAAAAUCCAACUGUAUCAGCGACCUGGUGAUUACCGGACGAGAUUUGGACCAGAGGACUUUGAUGCACCUUAUACUUACUUACCUAGAAACGUUAUCAUUAAAGAGGAAAGAAACGAUGAGGGCGUAGAAACUAACCGAUACCAAGACAGUGAUUGCGGAUUUUCGGACCAUUACGACGAGAUAAAGAGUGAAGCAGAAUCACCAGGAUUGCCGGACCAUUAUGAUGAAACAAACAGCCAAACAGAAUGUUCAAAUACUCGACUCGUUACAAAGCAAGAGCAAAUAAAGGAAGAAGAUUAUGUUCCCCAUAGCGUUCCAAUCCGAUUUAGAGUCAUUCGAGAUACUAUUAAUGUCAGACCUAGUAGUGAAAACCUGCAACCAAAUAACUCUAACACCCCAAUCGGAUCUGAACCUCCACUUAAUGAUGCUGAUAAUUCUACAGAUGAUAUCGUUAGUGUUAAACGGGAAGACGAAAGCAAUUUAUCCGCCCAAAAAAUUGGCGUCCAACGUGUCGUUCCCAGAAAUGUCGAGAUUCAGGAUAUCGCCGCGAACAGUUUAAUCCUACCGGUACCCAUUUUAAUUAAAACAGAACAAAACGACAAAAGUGAUGAUAAUAAUACUCAUAUCUCUGCCUAUCUACCACCUGAUCUCCCAGUUGAUGCGUGUACUCCUUCUCGUGAUGGUUGUGAAAAGCGGGCCGCUUCUAACGAUCGCCCAGAUGUAAAUAGUUCGGCGAAAGAAUCGAGUGAUAGCCCGCCUGUGGGAGGAUUGGAAAAAUCGUCCGAGAGGUGCGACGAUAGCGCUGAGAACUUCGAUUGGGACGUCGGCGCGAAUUUUCCGAUCAGAGAUAUUAAGGCUGAAUUGGAAUUUGACGAUCCAGCUGGAGAUGAUAAUUCUAGUGAUGAAGAAUUGGAUAUACACGAUAUUCUCAAGAAACAAAAGAAGGGCAACAAGGAAUAGAGCGAUUAGAAGCUAUUGAUUGUUAUUUAUCAUUUUAAUCAACUGAUUGGUGCGUUUCUGAAUGUAAAAAAGUAGUAUCUUUUGUGUACCUACAUCAACUCAAAGAUAAUAUUCCUUAUUGAUCUGAAUAUAAUAAAUUAAUAGCUAAUAUCAUGAAUAACAAGGUGUAAUAUUGCGCAUCUAGAAAAUUCGAACUAAUAAGGAAAUUGUUCCCUAACGGCCGCGCCUAUUUGAAUAUGUGAAUAUAAUGUAUUUCAAUUAGAUUUAUACAUUAAUUGGUAAUUAAAAAUGAAAUACUUAUAUCAAUGGUUAUUGCCAAAAAGAAUGUUUUGAGGAUAUUUUACAGAAUAAAAUUUUAAAUGUUUAAUUGUAUACUAGAAAAGAGGGGACGUGUAAAUUGUAUUUCAGUUUGACACAAGAGGAUUGCAACCAAAUAUCGAUUGGCCGCCAUUUUUUUUUUGUUCCAAAGAAGCCGUGGUGUCAUUUGUGCAUUUUAAGCUUUUCUAUGAAAAGUUAGUGAAAGACUGGGUUAUUUCAGUGAUUACAGUCAGUGACGGCUCGUGGACAAUUUCGAUGUUAUAGCUACUCAUCAUAAAAUGUACCCCCUUCGUGUCGUUUUUAAUAAAGAACGAUUUAUUUUCCUAGUCCAAGGUUAUUUCGAUUUGUACAGAAAAAGUUUAUAAUUUCAAACAGUAUUAUUUAAAGAGAAUAUGCACUGUUAAAAAUUAUAUUCUCCAACUUAAUACCAAUUUAUAAGAACGGCGACAAAUCUGACAUCAAAAACUAUAGCGGGAUCUGUUUGAUUUCCACUAUACUUAAAUAAUUCGAAUCUAUUCUGACUGAUGAGGUAUUUUCUAUAUAUAAAAAUUAAUUUCUUCUCACCAGCAUGGGUUUUAUAAAGGUCGCUCAACCGCUAUCAAUUUUGAUGUAUACCAGGAUUACUUAAUUUCAUCAAAAUUCUAUUCAGAUUUGUAUAAAGUCUAAAGCAUUCGAGAGCUCAGAAACUUUCUCAAAUUGGCAAAACGGGUCAGAUCCCAGAAAGGGUGUUUUGAGUCCAUUUCCUUGCACUAUCUGCAAUCUCAUUACCCUUUGUCCCGGGACUAAAAACUAACACAAAAAAUAACAAAUGAUUGUCGCAAGCGUUACAUGCAUCGAGAUAGAAAGAAAUAGAGACGACAUAAACACUAUUUUGCUAUGCUAGUUUACUUUACCCGAUGUUGUAUACGCAGUAAAGUUACACUACAAAAUAAAAUCCUGCUGUAUAAACAGAUCGUAAUACCAAUUUUAACAUAUGGCUGUUAAGUAUACUCUUCAAUGGCCAAAAGUCAUUUUCUUAAACUCCAACGAGUACAAAACAGGUGACUGAGGCUGAUUCUGGGACCCACCUUCAAUCACCAAACUCUUAGAUAUACAAGGACAACCGACAUCCACACACAAACAAACAUGCCUCCUAUUAAGGAAUUUGUAAUCAAAAUAUCUGAAAAAUUCUGACAUAUCUCCCACCAGAUCUCAAAAAAGAAAUUAUAAAUGUCAACGAAGACAACAGUGCUAAUGGUUGUCUGCACAAAAAUAUUUCAAUUUACAGACGUCGACAAUGACAAAAUAACGCAAACACACGUUCAAUAUCUUGCUAACAGAAUCACACUCUGAUUGGCGAAAGACUAAACGGGGAGGCCGGCCUUCCAAGCAGAUACCAAGUCGUCUUGAAAUCUGCUCGGACGGUAGACUUAUCCGUGACGUCAGAGAUUGAAAAUCGAAAAUCUAAAACGACGACACUUUUCGCCCACACUCAGACAACUCUGGUUUUUUCAAAUGCUUUUCCAAAGGGGACCAGACAAAACUAACAUUCGCCACAAACACAAGUUCAGGUCACUUACUGCGUACAACGUAUAAAUCAAAACAUGCUAAGUUGCUAAAACACCAAAAAAUGAGUUAAGCAAUUAAAUCGUUUACAGGCGAUCAUCUGCCUGGUAACCAAAUACCCCCUGGGAACCUACCCAAAGAAAUUAUUUUAAAUUGAGAUGUAUAUAUUUUAAAAUAGAAAUAAAGACUUUUUAAUGAAUGAAUGUACAGUGAUGG